AUGUAUGAAAGUAAUGAUUCAUCGGAUGAUAAUGAUGAAAGUUUAUCUAAACAAGUUUUACCGACAGCUGAUGAUGCUAACGGUCCAAUUGAUUUGAACAAAAUGCCAACAACUGGAGAAGAAUAUUUAAGACAGGUUCGUUUUCAGGCUUCUCAAUUACCUGAUUUUCAAACUGCUACGCAAAGAAAGAAGCGCAAUACAACAUCAUCUAAUUCUAAAAAUCAUGCUUGGCAUAAACUAUUUCCAUCGACGACUGCUAAUACUACUACCUCAGAUAUACCAAUAAAACAUAUUGUUUCAAUUGACUGGCAAAAUGAACAAUCCAAAUUAUUUUCCAAUGUUCGUAACGAUUUUUUUCAAAUGCGUGAUCGAUUACGCCUAACAAAUAAAAAAUAUAAAAAUGCUAAACUAAAAAGUGCUAAUAAUUAUUGGAAAUUUUGUUUUGGAGAUGAUAUUCCUUUUCAAUCGCCAUUACCAUCUUUAGAAAUAGAUGAUCAACAACAAACACAAAAUUCACUUCCAACAAUGACAAAAAUGAUAACUUUAACUCAGCCUCAACUUCAUGACUUAUUACAACAUGAAAUUGAUUGGUUAAAACAAUGUGGAUGUUCUAUUCAUCUAGCUUUGUAUACAUUUGCUACAUUAGUAGCUAUUGAAAAACCUAUCAAUGAAGAUGUAAUGUACACAAUACGACAGACUUGUUUGGCAUGGAAACAAACACGAAUGAGAUUAAUAAAUCUAAGUGGCAAUGAACAACGUGGUGAUGAUUCACUGAUAAAAUCAUGUGAUGUAUUUGUAUGUAUUAUUGGUCGUUAUUUUGGUCAAUUUGAUUUAGCUGAUACAAGUGAUUGA